AUGCAGGACCCAAGCUACGGCGUGCCGCAGUUCCUGCUGCCGCACGUCCACCUCAUCUCGUCUUUCCGCUACCCGACCCUUGCGCACCUAUCGAUUGAGCAGGCCGUCGAUUUCCUGCUCCAAGCGCCCAAGGCUGUGAAGGACAUGGCCCCUAUGGCAUGGCAAUACUUUCAAAACCCGCCCACCGACGGCACUGUAUUCCUCGAAUGGCAGCCGGUUAACCAACGAUCCAACGCAUAUGCUAGCGAUGGCUACUUUUGGGCGGAUCCGGAGUCCAGCUUCACCUAUGAAUCGCAGCGCGGAUAUACUGUAGAAAUCCUCGUUCGCCGCAGCGGUUAUCGUCCGGGCUACGAGCAAAUCACCUCUCAUCAGCGACAUCGUUACCGCAUAGUCUCGAGGAACCCUGCGUCACAAGGCCCGAUCCCUGACCAGGCCCUAUUCAUCGUCCACUACUCUCAGGCCGAGCCCCAAGCUCGUGUGCCGACCAACCGUAUAGCGAUCAAUGCUGAGAUGCAAAAGACGAUGCAAGAGCGCCGUUUUCUAGAGGGUCAGGGACAGUUGAUGGAGCGGAAGUUCAUGCUUCAUGACAGGCACAAUUGGCCCAACAUUAGCUUUCCUGGGACGGGGCAAAUGCAGCAGGGUCAUGUUCCGCCCGGUGGCAUGUACCCCGGUCACCCGAUGCAGGCAGCUGCUGGUGGGUUCAGGCAACCCCAAUUCUACCCACCCGGCCAAGCUUCUGCGAUUGGGCCAUCGCCUGCGAAGAGGCCUCGUAAUGGCGCACCGGCACAUCUACCGGGUAACGUUCCGGCAGGCAUGCCUGCGGCAGCCGUCGGGAUGCCUCAUGACACCACCAUUGAAGAUGAGGAAAAUACAGCGAUUGGGGAUCUACUGGAUCACCUCACCCCCCGAGACAUCAGCACCAUGAGGUACAUCCAGCACCAUGAGUGGAUGGAGGAAGUCUUCUCGUCGCCCUUCGCCGCGGGACAAAUAAUGCCGGUGGACUUGGGAUUGGGUCUUAUGGGAGAGCUUUCGCAUUUGACAGAAGGGCUUUUCGAUGCGCCUGGCGCGUCUUCUCUGCCUGGCGGUCCAAAGCCCCCGGCUGCGCCGAAGCAGUACCAGAAACUGAGCAAAGAGAAAUACAAGGAUUUUGAGGAUCGGGUCAACAAAUUCUUGGAGAACGAGGAGGCUGAGUUGGAGAAGAUGAGGGCCGAACACGAGAAGAAAAUGGCCGAGCUUACGAAGAGCAAGACCUAUGUCCAGGCUGAAAGGCGGUUGAGAGACGCGGCGUUUACCGAUGCUCGCACUGCUCGGCGCAAGUCGGACAGCCAGUCCGCGUCCCCACAAUCAGAGGGAGGGGAUGCAAGUAUCAAAUUCAACGAGGUCAUCGCAGACGUCGAGAAGUCCCUGGGGGUCACCAUUGCUCCGCGGAAGAAUGUCAACUGUGUUGAAAAGGGUGGAUUGGUGGAGGAACCACCAGCUCCUGCCGCCACGAACGGCAACGAGGCGAAUGGGACCGAUAACGCGAUCAACAUUGGGGAGUCCAACGGCUCAAUUGAGGAUUCAGCGAUGGAUGGUGAUGAUUCUGCUGCUGGGCUGCUCGACCAAUACACCUCAAACUCGCUGGUCUCGACUCCGGGGGGCAGCUCACUGCAAGUGCCCCCCAUUUCCCAGUCGGACAGCCAUGGGCAAUCCGCCAACGCGACGCCCGGUGGCAUGGCGCAUUCUGGACAAGCACAAGGCCAGAAUCAGUCCACCACUCCUGCACAGGGUGACAACUCCAACGGAGACAACGGUAUGGAUUUGAUUGAAGGCAUGGAUUUGGAUCUGGACAUGACCGGAAUGGGCGGUGACGGCAGUACGGACAAAGCAGCUGAUGAUUGGGUCAUGGUGGGCUCGAACAACAUGAACGACUCGGAUGCUGGAGGCGAGGGCGGCCAAGCAAAGGACGCAUCCGCGGGUAGCGCAGGAGGACAUGGAAACAUGGACACACCCGACCUUACCACUACAAGCGGACAGGGGCAGGACGGCACAACAACAUCGGCUCCCGCGUCGGCGGCAGGGAACACACCAGGCAUGUUUGACGCGACAGACUUCAGCGCGUUUGACACAGCUGGCGAUGCUCUGGCAGACUAUACUGGCGGCGAUGAUCUCGAUCUGGGUCUUGAAGGCGACGCUUUCGGGGAUGCAUUCCACGGAACAGAAACGCGAAACGAUAUCGAUGAUGACGAGGUGGACUCGUAA